CUCCCUUACCCCUCUUCACUCCGUUCCAUUCUCUCACCUCUUCUUCCUUUCUCUCUCUUCUCAUCCAUUUCUUGUAUAUAUACAACUUUUUUUCUACAAAGCUUAAGUAUUAAGUUCUCAAUUAAGUCCACCAUAUAUAUAUAUAUAUAUAUAUAUAUAUAUAUAUUAUCGUAACAAACAAGAAAAACAAAAAACGAGAGGAGAUGAAUAGGAAUAAUACCUGUAGUAGUAGCGAUAAUAAUAACCGGAAAGAAGUGGACCGGAUAAAAGGGCCGUGGAGUCCAGAAGAGGAUGAGGCCUUAACAAGGCUAGUCCAAAAACACGGCCCAAGAAACUGGUCUUUGAUUAGCAAAUCAAUUCCAGGUCGUUCUGGGAAAUCGUGUCGUUUACGGUGGUGUAACCAGUUAUCACCUCAGGUUGAACAUCGUGCGUUCACACCUGAGGAAGAUGAUACAAUUAUCCGAGCACAUGCUAGGUUUGGUAACAAAUGGGCUACCAUUGCUAGGCUUUUAAGUGGUAGAACUGAUAACGCUAUCAAAAACCACUGGAAUUCAACUUUGAAGCGUAAAUGUUCCGCCAUGCUUUCUUCACCGUCUGAUGAAUUUCCCGGCGAUUAUCCUCCGCCGUUGAAACGCGCCAUGAGUGACGGCGCUGACGUCAUCCUCAAGAAUGUCUCUGGUUUAAGCCUUAAUAAUAAUAAUAAUAAUAAUCCAGGUAGUCCUGGAUCUUCCGACGCUAGUGAUUCCGGUUCGCAUGUUUUCCGGCCGGUUGCGAUUCCCGGUCCGGUGAAUAUUGGACCGGCGCCGGCGACGGAUCUUAGUUUGUCGUUACCUGGAUCGGAUUGUUGUUGUGAAGGUUCGAACUCGGAUUAUGAACCAGUGAUCGCUGUUUCUCCGAUCCAGACAUUUCCGGCGAUGAAUUCUCCGGCGAUGAUUUCGCCGACAUCGGCGUUUAGUCAGGAGUUUGUGGCGAUGAUGCAGGAAAUGAUAAAGAAGGAGGUGAGGACUUACAUGGAAGGGAUUGAGAUGAGUAAUAAUAAUAAUGGAGUUGGAGGAUUCAACUAUGGCGGAUUUUGUUCGCAGGCGGCGGAUGGAGUUAUGAGAGCGGCGAUGAGUAGGAUCGGGAUCGGAAAGAUUGAGUAGAUUCAACUUUUGUUGUUGAUGAUGAUGAUGAUGAUGAAUGAGAGAGAGAAAAUGUGAUGAAGGAACAAAUUUGUGAAUUUUUGACGAUCUUUUUUUUCUCUCUAUAUCUCCUCUGAAGCUGUUGUAGAGAAAUAAUUUUGAGUUUAGUGUACAGAAGAAUGUGAUCGGAAGAAUAGCAGAGAGGAGAUGAUGAUGAAGAUGAUGAUGAUGAAAGGAUUAGAUGUGGUUCAAUGCUUCAAACUGAAACAGAACAAAAAAAAAAAAAGAAAAAAAAGAAGAGAAAUCUACGUUUCGUUGUUAAUUUCUUCUAAAUUAUUAUAUUUGUCUAGGUUAAAUUUAAUUAAAAUAAUCAAAUGUGAAGAAUGAUUUGCAAUCAAGUUAGUGGGAAAUCACAAAGAAAUUAGAGACAAAUCACAAAAAUGAUGAAAAGAAAGCAUUGUGCAUUUGUGCGA